AUGGUAUUAUUGUUACUACUUCAAAUAUAUUCUGUUUCUUCUUAUUGGUGUGAUGUAAAACAGAACGGAACGAUAUCAUUUGUUGAAGAAUCGUGUGCAACGGAAAAGAGUUGGAGUGUGACUUAUACGGCUGGCUUUUAUGAAGUUUUAUUGAAGGAUACAUGUUGUAUUAACGAAUCAGUGGUAUUUGAUGACAGGGGUUUUAAGACUGCUGAAACUUAUGUUUUUCCUAUUGAACAAACGAACAUGAAGUUGUUUUCUAUUAAAACGAAGUUUAACAACACACAUCUUGUUUUUUAUCCAUCAAAUAAAGAUUAUUUGUCAGUCUUUUUGAAGUGUUUAAACGAGGAAAUCAAUUGCAGGACUUACGUUGAAGAUGUUGCUGGAGUCAUGAUAAUCCAAUACAAAACUGAAUUUCAUAUGUAUUCAAACAUUGAUCAAAAGUGGCUUAUUGGUUAUCAAGUGAAUGAGAAAUCACUUUAUUUGUAUAUUGAAGGGAGCGUUAAACAGACAGUAAAGGCGCAAUUUUUAGAGAAUCAACAAUUUGAAGGAAAUUUGAAUGAGAAGAGUUAUUUGUUUACAGGAAAACUAAUAGACGAGAAUGUUUUAAUUCAAACAGGCAAUGAGACAAAGAGUAUAUAUUUAGUACAGUCUGUGUGUGAAAGUAAAGGUACUAAGCGUUAUAUGAUCUUUGAGGAAACAUUUUCAACCAAUUUCACUAUCUAUGAAAAUACGAGGUGUGAAUGUACUCCAAGUUCAAACAACAUUACGAACUAG